CGAGAAGGAGCAGCCCAGGGGGCGGCUGCAAGCGGGUCUGCUGCGAACAAAGAGCCGGAUUCCCCCCGGAUCUCCUUCCGUGGCUUCCCUGAUCUGCUGCGGACUAGCGGUGCCAGAGGCCAGCGCUGCUGCAGGGAAGGUGGCGGGUCUUUCUGCGCGCACACACAGGCGGAUCAGACUCGUGUGUGGCUUGUGGCUGGACUCGGGGGCUAAUCAAGAGGCAGGUGAGAGAGUUUGGAGAGGAAGAGUGAAGGGGAACCCAGAAGAGAAAUCAUUAUUUAUUUAUUUGCAUUUAUAUCCCGCUUUUCCUCCAAGAAGCCCAGAGCGGUGUACCACAUACUUAAGUUUCUCCUCACAACAACCUUGUGAAGUAGGCUAGGCUGAGAGAGAAGUGACUGGCCCAGAGUCACCCAGCAAGUCUCAUGGCUGAAUGGGGAUUUGAACUCGGGUCUCCCCGGUCCUAGUCCAGCACUCUAACCACUACACCACACUGGCUCCUUAUUGUGGGUGAUGCCUGAUGGAAAAAGAGGGAGCACAGACUAAAAACUGAAGCACAAUUUAAGAACGGAAAUGGAUAACCUGCUUGUCACCGUGGAGUCCAAAAAAUCAUGGAGAAAGUAAGAGAAAGACGGUGCUCUCCGCGGACCAAAAGCUUGAAUUCGGAACCAAGCUUUAAACCUCAGUGGGAAAUGCAAGCAGGUGAGAAAUUAUAUAAAUGUUUGAAAUGUGGAAAGUGCUUAAGCACGAAUGGAAAACUAACUUUACACCUAAGAACCCACAUGGGGGAGAAACCACAUAAAUGCUUAGAGUGUGGAAAGGGCUUCAUUACAAGUGGAAAUCUUACUUUGCACCACAGAACCCACACUGGGGAGAAACCAUAUAAAUGCUUGGAGUGUGGAAAGAGCUUCAGCACAAGAGGAAAUCUUACUUCACACUAUAGAAUCCACACUGGGGAUAAACCACAUAAAUGCUUGGAGUGUGGAAAGAGCUUCAGCCAGAGUGGACAUCUUACCUUACACCAUAGAACCCACACUGGGGAGAAACCACAUAAAUGCUUGGAGUGUGGAAAGAGCUUCAGCCAGAGUGGAGAUCUUACUAUACACCAUAGAACCCAUACUGGGGAGAAACCACAUCAAUGUUGUGAGUGCGGAAAGAGCUUCAGUACGAGUGGAGCGCUUACUGUACAUUACAGAACACACACUGGGGAGAAACCACAUAAAUGCUUGGAGUGUGGAAAGUGUUUCAGCACGAAGGGAAACCUUGAUAAUCACCACAGAACCCACACAGGGGAGAAACCAUAUAAAUGCUUGGAGUGUGGAAAAAGCUACAGUGACAGAGGACAUCUUAUUGUACACCAUAGAACCCACACUGGAGAGAAACCGUAUAAAUGCUUUGAGUGUGGAAAGAGCUUCAGCACGAAUGGAGAUCUUAAUAAACACCAUAGAACCCACACAGGGGAGAAACCAUAUAAAUGCUUUGAGUGUGGAAAGAGCUUCAGGCAGUGUGGAGACCUUACUUUACACCUUAGAAGCCACACUGGGGAAAAACCACAUAAAUGCUUGGAGUGUGGAAAGAGUUUCAGCAGAAGUGGAAGCCUUACUUUGCACCACCGAACCCACACUGGGGAGAAACCACACAAAUGUUUGGAGUGUGGAAAGAGCUUAAGCACAAGUCGUAGCCUUACUUUGCACCACCGAACCCACAUUCGGGAGAAACCACAUAAAUGCGUGGAGUGUGGAAAGAGCUUCAGCCAGAGUUCAAAACUUUCUGUACACCAUAGAACCCAUGCUAGGGAGAAACUACAUAAAUGUUUGGAGUGCAGAAAGAGCUUCAGGAACAGCGGAGCUCUUACUCAACACCAUAGAACCCACACUCGAAGAAGGAAGGCCCACCUUACUGCACAUACGCAAAUUCAAACAGGGUAGAAAUCAUACAAAAGAAACUGCUGACAAGCCCAAGAAUCUCCCUCAUUUUGAGAAAUAUAAACCCUUGUGAGAUUCCUGCUUCUGAUUUGCCUUGCUUCCCUCUUGGGGAAUUCAUAGUUUUGUGUCUGUGUUGUAUGUAAAUGUGCAGAAUUCACUCAAACUGAUUAAUGAAUAUUAAUUUUUCACA